AUGUCUACCAAUUUUGAAAAGCACUUUGAAGAAAACGUCGAUGACUGUAACUUGGAGCAACUAAGAGACAUCUUGGUUAACAAGGAAGGUAAGAGUGCUCUUGCCAACAGAUUUAGAGCUCUGUUCAACUUGAAGACUGCUGCUUCCGAAUUUGAAGCCAACCCAUCUGAUGCUGAAAAGGCAGUGCAAUACAUGGGUGAGACUUUCGGUGACAACAGUGAAUUGUUGAAGCAUGAAGUUGCUUACGUCUUGGGUCAAACCAAGAACCUAAAGGCUGCUCCACUACUUAGAAAGACUAUGUUGGAUCUAGCUCAACAACCAAUGGUCAGACAUGAAGCAGCUGAAGCUUUGGGUGCCCUAGGUGACAAAGAUUCUUUAGAAGACCUUGAAAAAUGUCUGAAGAACGAUCCUCAUGUUGCUGUUAGAGAAACUUGUGAGUUGGCUAUUGCUAGAAUCAACUGGCAACACAGUGAUGCUCCAACCAAGGAAAGCCUACAACAGUCUCUAUAUUCCAGUAUUGACCCAGCUCCUCCUCUAGCUCUAGAGAAGGAGUACGACUUGGAAGAACUAAAGAAGCUCCUGAACGACCAAGAAAAACCUCUAUUCUUGAGAUACAGAGCUAUGUUCAGAUUGAGAGAUAUCGGCACUGACGAGGCCGUUCUAGCGUUGGCCAGUGGUUUCAAUGACCCAUCUGCUCUAUUCAAGCACGAAAUUGCUUACGUUUUUGGCCAAAUGGGUUCUACCGCCGCCGUCCCAUCUUUGACUGAAGUUUUGGGCCGUAAAGAAGAGGCCCCAAUGGUUAGACACGAAGCCGCUGAAGCUUUGGGUGCCAUUGCUUCUGAAGACGCUCUUCCUAUCUUAAAGCAAUAUUUGAAUGAUGAAGUCGAUGUUGUCAGAGAGUCUGCUAUUGUUGCUUUGGAUAUGUGGGAAUACGAAAACAGCAACGAGUUGGAAUAUGCUCCAGCCUAA